AUGUCCGGGGCCUCUGUGAAGGUGGCGGUGCGGGUCCGCCCCUUCAACUCCAGAGAGAUGGGGAAGGACAGCAAAUGUAUUAUCCAGAUGUCAGGAAACACAACCAAGAAGAAGAGCUACGGAAAUGUCAAGGAGUGUGAGGUCAAGCCGGGGGUUAAGAAUAGGAACAAGAGGUCCCAGUGCUCCUCUCUCCUCCUCAGGGCUGAUCAUGUUGGUGCCCUCUCCCCUCCUCAGGUCCCAAUGCUCCUCUCUCCUCCUCAGGUCCCAGUGCUCCUCUCCCCUCCUCAGGUUCUCAUCAUGUUGGUGCCCCUCUCCCCUCCUCAGGUCCCAGUGCUUCUCUCCCUCCUCAGGUCCCAGUGCGCCUCUCCCUCCUCAGGUCCCAGUGCUCCCCUCUCCUCCUCAGGUCCAAUGCUCCCCUUCCUCCUCAGGUCCCAGUGCUCCUCUCCCCUCCUCAGGUCCCAGGCUCUCUCCCCCUCAGGUCUCAUCAUGUUGGUGCUCCUCUCCCCUCCUCAGGUCCCAGUGCUCAUCUCCCCUCCUCAGGUCUCAUCAUGUUGGUGCUCCUCUCCGCUCCUCAGGUAUGCAGAUAGAGCCAAACAGAUCCGCUGUAACGCUGUCAUCAAUGAGGACCCUAACAACCGAUUGGUCCGUGAGCUGAAAGAGGAGGUGUGUCGCCUGAGGGACCUCCUCCUAUCCCAGGGACUGGGAGACAUCCUCGAAAUGACCAAUGCCAUGACGGGGAUGAGCCCCUCCCCCUCUCUGUCCGCUCUGUCCAGUCGAGCCGGAACCAUCGCCAGCCUCCACGACCGCAUCAUGAUCAGCCCUGGCAACGAGCAGGCCAUCGAGAGACUCAAGGAAACAGAGAAAAUCAUCGCAGAGCUCAAUGAGACCUGGGAGGAGAAACUUCGCAGAACAGAAGCCAUCAGAAUGGAAAGAGAGGCCCUGCUGGCUGAGAUGGGUGUGGCCAUGAGGGAAGAUGGAAUAACUGUGGGAGUUUUCUCCCCCAAGAAGACUCCUCACCUGGUGAACCUUAACGAGGACCCCCUGAUGUCAGAGUGUCUGCUGUACUACAUCAAAGAUGGCAUCACCAGGGUCGGUCGUGUGGACGCCAGCAGCAGACAGGACAUUGUCCUCAGUGGUCACUUCAUCAAGGACGAACACUGUACCUUCACAUCCACCACGGGACCCAUGGGAGAAAUAGCAGUCACUCUGGAGCCCUGUGAGGGAGCUGAGACCUACGUCAACGGGAAGAGGGUCACAGAGGCUACAGUCCUCAAAUCAGGAAACCGCAUUAUCCUGGGUAAGAGCCACGUGUUCCGGUUCAACCACCCAGAGCAGGCGCGCCAGGAACGGGAGAGGACGCCCUGCGCUGACACCCCUGUGGAGCCGGUGGACUGGGCCUUCGCACAGAGAGAACUGCUGGACAAACAGGGCAUCGACAUGAAGCAGGAGAUGGACCAGAGGCUUCAGGAGCUGGAAGACCAGUAUCGUAAAGAGAGGGAGGAAACCCACAACCUACUAGAACAGCAGAGGCUGGACUAUGAGAGCAAGCUGGAAGCCCUUCAGAAACAGGUGGACCGUUAUUACCCUGAGGUAAUAGGAGAGGAAGAGGAGGAGUCUGAGGAGGAAGUUCUGUGGACAGAGAGGGAGACGGAGCUGGCCCUGUGGGGUUUCAGGAAGUGGUGCUGUUACCAGUUCACUUCCCUCAGAGACCUGCUGUGGGGAAACGCCAUCUUCCUCAAGGAGGCUAACGCCAUCAGCGUGGAACUCAAGAAGAAGGUCCAGUUCCAGUUUGUGCUGCUGACCGACACCCUGUACUCCCCUCUGCCCACUGAACUGCUGCCCCCUGAGGCAGCCAAGGACAGAGCGACCCGUCCGUUCCCCAGGACCAUUGUAGCUGUGGAGGUACAGGACCAGAAGAAUGGGGCCACACACUACUGGACCCUAGAGAAGCUCAGGCAGCGUCUGGACCUGAUGAGAGAGAUGUAUGACAGAGCAGCAGAGGUUCCCAGCAGCACCAUAGAAGACUGUGAGAACAUCAUGACUGGAGGAGACCCCUUCUACGACCGCUUCCCCUGGUUCCGUCUGGUUGGCAGCAACCCCCUUUUCAACGCGUGCAUGAGCGAGCGCAUGAGUGACCCCACUCCCUCCCCCACUCCUUCCACCACCCUCUCCACCUCCGAGCAAACGGAGCUGGCCGACACUCGUCCGGAGGGACGAGGAGGGGAGGAGGAGGAGUUGGAUGCUUUGCAGGAUCUGAACGAUGAUAUAUUUUUGGACGACCCGUGCUGCGAAGGCCUGGAUCCUUUUUAUGACCGCUCUCCGUUAUUCAGUGUAGUAGGAAGAGCCUUUGUGUACCUGAGUAACCUGCUGUACCCCGUGCCGCUGGUCCAUCGCGUGGCCAUCGUGAGUGAGAAGGGAGAGGUUAAAGGAUUCCUCAGGGUGGCUGUACAAGCUAUCUCAGCUGAUGAGGAAGCUCCUGACUACGGCUCCGGUGUCCGCCAGUCUGGCACCGCCAAGAUCUCCUUCGAGGACAGGGAGUUUGAGAAGUUCCAGGCUGAGUCGUGCCCCGCUGGUCUGUCCCGUACUGGGGCGUCCCAGGAGGAGCUGCGUUUCGUGGAGGGGGAGGGACAGAACUCAGAGAUCGGACCCUCAGCCGAUGAAGUCAACAACAAUACAUGUGCGGCCGGUCCUGAGGAGUUGGAGAGCCCCCUGAAGACCAACCUGGAGGGAGGAGCUCUGGACGGAGCCCUGGAGCACCUGAGGAUAGGUAACAUCUUCACCUUCAGAGUGACGGUCCUCCAGGCCUUCAGCAUCUCUGCAGAGUACGCUGACAUCUUCUGCCAGUUCAAUUUCAUCCACCGCCAUGAUGAGGCCUUUUCCACAGAGCCUCUAAAGAACACAGGGCGAGGUCCUCCUCUGGGCUUCUACCACGUACAAAAUAUUGCUGUAGAGGUCACCAAAUCCUUUGUGGACUACAUCAAGACCCAGCCUGUGGUGUUUGAGGUGUUUGGUCACUACCAGAAACAGCCUACUCUCUGCAAGGAGCUCAUCAGCCCCCUGCGUCCCAGCAGAAGGCAGUUCCCUCCAGUCAUGCCCCUGUCCAAACCAGUCCCUGCCACCAAGCUGACUGCCCUGAUGCGUCCUACAGCCGGGCCCUGCCACUGCAAGUAUGACCUCAUGGUGUUCUUCGAGAUCUGUGAGCUGGAGGCCAGUGGAGACUACAUCCCAGCAGGAGUGGACCAUAGAGGAGGCAUGCCUUGCCAUGGGACGGUCAUGCUGCACCAGGGUAUUCAGAGGAGAAUAACUGUGACAAUCGUUCAUGAGACAGGUGAAGACAUCGUGUGGAAAGAUGUCCAGGAGCUGGUUGUGGGGCGUAUCAGUAACUCUCCCGAGGGGGACGAUACCAUCGUAGACCCCAACAUCCUCUCUCUCAACAUCCUGUCAGCUGGGUAUGUCAGACCCAUGCAGGACGACAGACAGUUUCUUGAUUCGGACAUGCCUAGGACAUUCUAUCGCUUCGAGGCUGCCUGGGACAGCGCCAUGCAUAACUCCCUUCUCCUGAACCGGGUCACUCCUUACGGAGAGAAGAUCUACAUGACCUUGUCGGCCUACCUAGAGAUGGAGAACUGCACUCAGCCCACAGUCAUAACCAAAGAUUUCUGUAUGGUGUUCUACUCUCGAGACGCUAAACUCCCGGCCUCCCGCUCCAUCCGAAACCUGUUUGGCACCGGAAGCCUGAGGACAACAGAGGGGAACCGAGUGACAGGUGUGUACGAGGUCAGCUUGUGUCACCUGGCGGAUCACGGGAGCCCAGGAAUGCAGAGGAGACGUCGGCGGGUGCUGGACACCUCGGUGGCAUACGUCCGAGGGGAGGAGAACCUGGCUGGGUGGAGGCCACGCAGUGACAGCCUCAUCCUGGACCACCAGUGGGAACUGGAGAAACUCAGCCUCCUACAGGAGGUGGAGAAGACGAGACACUACCUGCUCCUGAGGGAGAAGCUAGAGUCCACCCUGCUGUUGGAUCAGGAAGGGUUGUUGUCCUGUGUGUCUGUGGAGCAGAGUGAGUCCCCUCAGCCUUCCGAAGGCCACGCCCAGGACCUCAGCCCCACAGCUGACGCCCCCAACGAGAGGCAGAGGGAGCUAGCCGCUAAGUGUCUACGGCUACUCGCCCACUCCUUCAACAGAGAGUACAGCCACGUGUAUGUCAGCGCCAGUGAAAGCAAGCUGUCUGAAAUGUCAGUGACUCUGUUGAGGGAGUCGACCUCUGCCACGGCCCUUGACACCCUCACCCCCUCCUCGACGUGCCCUUCAUUGGUGGAGGGAUGCUACCCCAAGACUGAAACACUCAGAGCCACCAAGCUUCGCUCCCGAUGUGCCAGCCCCAACCCUGACUGCUCACAGCGGGAUGGAGAGGUCAAGAAGUCCUCUGGUGGGGUUGCCGCCCCGGAGGUUAAACCCAGGGUGCGCCGCUUUGUACCAGACAUCCAAGAGAUCCGGGUCAGCCCCAUUGUGUCAAAGAAGGGCUACCUGCAUUUCCUGGAGCCUAAUACCAACGGCUGGGUGAAGCGUUAUGUGGUGGUGAGACGUCCGUACGUCUAUAUCUACAAUACAGAGAGAGACAGCGUGGAGAGAGCCAUCCUCAACCUCUCCUCUGCCCAUGUCAAGUACAGCGAGGACCAGCAGGCCAUGCUCAAGACCCCAAACACGUUUGCUGUGUGUACAGAGCACCGCGGUAUACUGCUCCAAGCCAGCAAUGACAAGGAGAUGCACGACUGGCUCUAUGCUUUUAACCCUCUCCUGGCUGGAUCCAUCAGAUCAAAACUCUCCAGAAGGAGAGCUGGACAGAUGAGGAUGUGA